UUCAUUUGGACCAAUAUGAAGAAAACACAAUGGUCUGACAUGUUUUGUCACUUUAGAUAAAGAAAAAAAACAAAUAUACUGAACAUGGAGACAGUCGCACCAGCUGGCAACUGAACCAAACCGGUUUUUUGUGAUGUCAUCGCUGAUAUUUCUGCAGCUCCUUCUCUUGGGGUUAAGGGUCAUCAACGCCACCACAGACACAUGGAGACACUGUACAGAUUUGCUCCCUCUGGAUCUUCUGUCUUUUGUCCUGGAGAGGGACACCUCCAGACUCAUGCCCGGGGUGCACAUUAAGCAGGCCGGAGGGGUGAGGGGGGUACAUUUCUCCAGCCCUCAUUCCUCCAUGAGCUUUCCCUCCUCCCAGGUGCUGGCAAACUGUGACCUCUUCCCAAAGGACUUCUCCAUUGUUGUAACUCUAAAAGUCCCACACAUUGCACAAAAGAGAAAUGAGUACAUCUUUUCCAUGGUGAUGCCAAAACCAGAAGAGAAAAGAGCAGUGGGGGAGAAGGAGAACAUUUUGGAAAGUACUAAUAAGAGGAGUAUCAGGGAAGAUGGAGAGAAAAAGAAGAAGAGGAAAGCUGAGAGGCAAUUCCAAAGUAAUGAGGAACAUGGACGGAUUAUCUUGGGACUGAGGCUUUCAAAAAAAUGCCUGCACUUCCUCUUUAAAGGUCACGGAGGGGUCAUGGAGCACUGGGUGUUUCAGGGCACCAAACUGGCUGAUAACCAGUGGCACACUCUGGUUUUAACUGUUUCUGGUCAACACGUGAGGCUCUCGGUGGACUGUAACUCGCCACUGGAAAUCGUUCCCACCAGGCCUUUCCCCUCAGACGUCAACAUUCAGGGAUCCGGAUUCCACAUCGGCAGCCGGGGAAGAUGGAAAGGCUUGUUUUCAGGUUUGUUAAGACAGCUGGUUUUGAUACCAGGUUCGGACGCCACCAAUCAGAUAUGCCCAUCUUCCGACCCCCAGCUCGCAACUCUGUCAGUACCACCUCUCCUCUUAGACCUGCCCAUCACGAAGAGGGAGAGAGACAGCCACCUGACUUCCUAUGACACGGAGGAGCGAGUGUCAGUGGGUUUGGAGCGUUCGUGCUCAGAGAUGCUGCAAGGUCAGCUGUGGUUCAAUCCAAUCAAGAAAGGCCUGUACCUCUGCGACGGCACCACGUGGGUCACUGUGCUGGAGGAUCAUAAAAGGCUGGACUACGUGUUGGAACAUCAAGUCCUGACCACCAGCUCAGAAACGCAUGAUAUAGAGGUCUUCCGGGUACCUGGCAUCGGUCUGAUGGCUGCCAUGGCUCAACGCUCCAAAGCUUCUGGCUCUGCUGUGUAUCUGUGGACCAACUCAGGAUUCAAAGUCUACCAGAAUAUCUCCACACAUGAAGCCCUAGCCUGGAGACACUUCAACAUAGGAAAAAAAAUAUUUUUGGUGGUGUCUAACUCUGGCGAAAGGUUUGACAAAGAGUCUGGGACUGACUUUUCUGUGAUUUACAAGUGGAGCAAGAAAAGAAAACAGUUUGUGCGGUUCCAGUCUCUGCAGACCUAUUGUGCCCGAGACUGGGAGGCUUUUACCAUCAAGCAACAGACCUAUCUCGCUGUGGCCAAUCAUAGACAAGGGAACAAUAAUCACACUAUUGACAGUGUGAUAUACAAGUGGAACAGGUUAACAAAGUCUUUUGAGGUUCACCAGACGCUGGCGACCUCAGGGGCCUAUGACUGGGAGUUCUUCACCGUUGGACCGUACCAUUUCCUGGUGGUCGCAAAUGCUUUUGAUGGAGUGACCACAUCUGUAGACUCUGUCAUCUACGUUUGGGUCAAUGGACGCUUCCAGGUGUUCCAGACUAUUAAGACGUUCUGCGCCACAGACUGGGAAAUGUUUCAGAUUGGCAGCAGAUUCUUCCUGGUGGUUGCCAAUGGACACAGACUCCAUGGUAACGAACCAAGUCAAUAUGCCAUCAACUCCACCAUCUAUGAACUGGACAUGAAUGGACAGCUGUUUGUCCGCUUCCAGGAUAUUAUCACCUAUAGUGCUGUGGACUGGGAAUUCUUCAGCCUCGGGGAGGAACACUUUCUGAUUGUGGCUAACUCCUUUAAUGGAGAAUCCUACUCCCUGAACAGCGUUCUCUACAGAUGGCAGGGAUAUGAAGGCUUUGUUCCUGUUCAUUGGCUCCCAACCAUCGGGUGCAGUGACUGGGAGUUUUUCAGCUCCAAGGGAGAAUCAUAUCUGAUCUACUCCAGUGCCAAAGAACCUCUUUCUAAAGUGUUCAAGCUGAAAACCUUUUAGUCUUUGUGUGUGUCUAUUUGUGUGUGUGUACAUACUAUAUCCUUUUGUGUCUGUGUUCCUGUGUGAGAAAUAAUUUGCAUACAUGGUUGCAACACCUUUGUGUCUGUCCAAUACUGCUUCUGUGCACAAUUUCUGGCGCAGCCUCGAUUACAUACUGUACAAUCAGGGGCUAUAUAGCAAUCAUUAAGUCCAAUUUUUUUUAUGGUGGGUUUUGAAGAAUGAUUCUGAUAUUUCGUAGUAUAAAUGUCUUUAAAUUAGAUGGUUUUAGAGGAACAUUACAUCAAAUCCACAUAGGAUUAAGUGUCUUUACAUCCUUGUAGCGUGAAAAACUGCAUUGACCAUCAUUUAUUUAUCAUCAUAACAUUUACAGAAACCAAAAAUAACAACAGAAAAACAAAAAAUGAAAGGAAAAAGGAUGACUAUUCCAGGGAUUUAGCUGAGGGUUUUUGGUAAAACAAUCAACCCUGCAUUCACUUACCCUGCAACAAGGCUAGGUCAACAACUAAAGUACCUCAUUUUAAAACAAAUAUAGUGCGUGCAAGAUGUCUAGGAGAACAUGUAUAUUUGUGUGUAUUUUCUGAAAGAAAUACACACUGCAACUCAAGAAAACCUAUAAGAAUUCGUAUAUUUCUGUCAAAGCAUUUUAAAUUAAAAUAUAUUUAAACAUUUUCUUUAUCAGCUGGAAUGUGUUCUCUCAAAGAAAAUUAGACUGACAUUGUUUUUUAUGUGUAUUUGUGUUUAAAAGUAAAUUAUUGACAUGACAAUAAACCAUUUUUAUAAUGGAGUUGUUUACGCAUUUGUUAACCUCUUAGCUAUGUUCAGUCGAAGCAUGUGGGGGUGGAAAUGAGAGUAUCAAACACACCCUGUGGUGCACACCUUUUCAUUCCAAGUUCUUUCGCGGCUAAUCGGAUACCUGGUGAGGUCUCUGAUUGGUAUGCAAUCCCUCAAUCAUGGCCCUGGGCACAUAGCUGCCAACCUCUUUAAAGUGUGGCAUCUGUAAAUCAAGUUUGGUGCAAUGGGACUACAAAUUCCAUGGUCCUUGUGUAAUACAAAUUGAAUUGUGCGAAGUGCAGUUUUUGUUGCUA